AUGCCGUCGAUGGCGAAGACGAGAAGCGGCGAGCGCUAUCGUGCGCCGACCGAUCAGGUCAGAAAGCAGGAGCGAAAACGGGAGAAUAAACGAAACAAGCGCGAUCGUCAGCAGAUUCGGCAUGCGAUGGCGAAAUACUUGAAUAUGGACGAAACGAUCAGCAAAUUAUUGAUAUUGGAACGGCAAAUUCUCGGCCUCGACCCUCAACCAUUUCAUGUGGAUGUUCUCAAAAAGAAGCAAAAGGUGCUGACGGACAUGAUCAACAAGCGUCGGAUGACGUUGCAGCAGUCGAAAGACGAAGACGAGCUGAAGAAGUUCAACGACAAACUCGCGAUAUUCAACGCCGACUGUAAACGGCUGGCGACGUUGGCGGUUCAGGCACGAUUGGCGCGAGACGCCGAUCCGGAAUCGAUUCCGUUGCCCGCCGGCGAGGCGAGAAGCACGUCGCUCAUUCCGCCACCGCCGCCGGUUUUGAAAAAAAAAGUGGAUUUCAAAUUGCCGCCGAGACCGGCGAAAUCGAAACCGCCUGGACCGCCGUGCGGCGUUGCGCCGGAAUACAGCGACAGCGAGGAGGAAGGCGAUUAUUCGAUGGGCGGACGAUUGGAGGAUGAUGAUCUCGCGCCGGUGCCGAUUCCCGACUUUGAUUCACAUAUGCCGGCGUAUCCAACACAAUCCAAUAUCUAUAGAAAUCCCAAAUUCGCUCCGCCAAUGCCACCGCGAAUGUCGGCCGCGGCGCCGUACCGUCAUCAAUACAAUCCGAUGGGAUUCCAGCACGAGGACGCCGUCAUCUCAUCGGCGCCCCAAAUCAAUCGCGGCGGACCGUCGGAGGCGAGCGCGACGGUGUCGGCGGCGCCGGAGCUUCGCAAUCUGCGAAAGGAGACGGUGAAGCUGGUGCCGACGCAGUUGAUGAGGAAGCCGGAGAAGAAGGCGAUGCCGUCGAGAUCGUCGAUGGUGACGACGCAGCGGCGCGUCGAGAAUCAGCAGCAGGCCAAAUCGACGGAUGAAGCUUAUAACGAGUUUAUGAAGGAAUUGGAUGGAUUGAUUUGA